CAGCACUGGAGAUGGGCGGACUGUAGAGCAGCAGCCAGGAACAGACAGCAAAGCCGAUACUUCCCCGGAGCACAGCAAAAAGAAAACGAUGGCUGCCAUUCGUAAGAAACUGGUUAUAGUGGGCGAUGGAGCCUGUGGAAAGACCUGCUUGCUUAUUGUUUUCAGUAAAGAUCAGUUUCCUGAAGUCUACGUGCCCACAGUGUUUGAGAACUAUGUUGCAGACAUUGAGGUCGAUGGAAAACAGGUAGAGCUUGCCUUAUGGGAUACGGCUGGACAGGAGGACUAUGAUCGGUUAAGACCUCUCUCCUACCCUGACACAGAUGUCAUUCUUAUGUGCUUCUCCAUUGACAGUCCCGAUAGCUUGGAGAAUAUUCCAGAAAAGUGGACACCAGAGGUGAAGCAUUUCUGUCCGAAUGUUCCCAUCAUCCUCGUUGGUAACAAAAAGGAUCUCCGAAAUGAUGAGCACACACGAAGGGAACUUGCCAAAAUGAAACAGGAGCCUGUGAAGCCAGAGGAGGCACGAGACAUGGCCAACCGAAUCAACGCCUUUGGUUAUUUAGAAUGCUCAGCCAAGACAAAAGAUGGCGUGAGGGAGGUGUUCGAGAUGGCCACCAGGGCUGCGCUGCAAGCGAAGAAACGGGGCAAAAAGUCUGGCUGUCUGCUGUUAUAGAAACCUGUAGAAGAGAGGAGGUCAGUUAACAGCCCAGGAGACUUCAGAGCAGGGAGGGAGGGAUGAUGGGACGAGCCUGGCAUUCGUGUCCUAGUACCGGACUGAUACUGGGACAUCAUGUCUGACAAACCAACGGAAAGACUUCAGGAACAAGAUGACGUCCUUUCCUGUCAUCACAAAGUUUGGGCUUAAGAGUUUUCUGGUCACAUCAAGCAAAAAAUAAAAAUGAGAUAAAAUUUCCAAACGGACUCUAUACCUAGGAUAUUUGAUGUUAUUCUUCUCCACCCACUCUUUAGUCCCAAACAAAAAAAGGUCUUAAAUAAGCGUCCUGCCUUCGGCGACGGUUUUGUGCAUUGGACAGAUUGUAUGUAUGUUUGUAUAUGUAAGAAUAUGAAUGUUAGUGUCAAAUGAGCGCAUGUCCGUCUCCAGGUCGCCAACUCUUCAUUGCAUAUGCGUGUAUCUGCCCGGCUUUAUUCUGUUGGAUUAUGCUGUGCUCAACUAAAGCACACACUGAACAUCGAAGUGGGCUGUAUUGUGUUUAACCUCCCACUUCAGGCUUUUUCCUUUUUUAUAGCUGAUGUCUCAAAGGAUUCUGGGCUGUACUUUAGGGAUCUAAACCAUUUAGUGAUACUGAUUUAUUUAAAGCAUACAGGGUUUUUUUUAUCAUUUGCAUUUAGAAAUAAAAUAUAAAGAAAA